AUGUCUUCAAAGGAUAUGGAAUUGGAUACUGCUCAUCCAAGUAGCGAAGAGGAUAACUCUGUCAAUGAUUUCCAAGAUGACGAACAACGUUUACAAUUGGUUAGAUCAGUCACUAAUAAUAAUGAAAAUCAUGUCUUGGAUAGAUUAGAAUCAUUAUCAAGACAAUUAUCAAGACAUACCACUAGAGAUGGUGAAUUACAUAUCAAUCCUGAAGAUUUUGAUCUUUAUAAAAUCUUAAAUACUUUUAUAAAUUUAUCAAAUAAUCAAGGUAUUAAAGCUCGUAAAUCAGGAGUAUCAUUUCAAGAUAUAUCAAUGUAUGGUAUUGAUCAAUCAUUUGAUAUUGCUCAAACUAUUCCUGAUUUAUUCUUAGGUCCUUUCAAAGGUAUCAAAAGUUUAAUUUCGAAUCGUAAAACUCCCACCAAAAAAAUCAUUCAUAAUAUUAAUGGUUUAGCUAAAAGUGGUGAAAUGGUUUUAGUAUUAGGUAGACCUGGUUCUGGUUGUUCAACUUUAUUAAAAUCUUUAAGUGGAACUGAUUUCGAUUUAUAUACUGGUUUCGAAGGUGAUGUUCAAUAUGAUGGAAUUCCUCAACCUGAAAUGUUAAAAAAUUUCAAAUCUGAUAUCAUUUAUAAUCCAGAAUUAGAUGUUCAUUUCCCUCAUUUAACUGUUGAAGAAACUUUGAAAUUUGCUAUUGCUUGUAAAACUCCAAAUUUAAGAAUAAAAGAUGUCACUAGAGAUCAAUAUAUUAAUGCUUUAAUGGAAAUCCUUGGUACCGUGUUUGGUUUAAGACAUACUUAUAAAACUAAAGUUGGUAAUGAUUUCAUUAGAGGUGUUUCUGGUGGGGAACGUAAAAGAGUUUCUAUUGCUGAAGCUUUAGCUUGUAGAGGGUCUAUCUAUUGUUGGGAUAAUGCUACUAGAGGGUUAGAUGCUUCAACUGCUUUAGAAUAUACUAGAGCUAUUAGAACCUCCACUAAUCUUUUAAAAACUACUGCUUUUGUUACAAUUUAUCAAGCUGGAGAAAAUAUUUAUGAAACUUUUGAUAAAGUUACUGUGUUAUAUAAAGGUCGUCAAAUUUAUUUUGGUCCUGUUUUAGAAGCUAAAGCUUAUUUUGAAAAUAUGGGUUUUGAAUGUCCUGCUCGUCAAAGUACAGCUGAAUUCUUAACGGCUGUUACUGAUCCAAAUGGUAGAUAUCCUAGAAAAGGUUGGGAAAAUAGAGUUCCAAAAACUCCAAAACAAUUUGAAGAAUAUUGGUUAAACUCAAAUGAAUAUAAAGCUUUAAGACAAGAAAUUAAUGAUUAUAAUCAAUGUAUUGCUUCUGAUAAAACUCAUGAAUUAUAUUAUGAAUCAAUCAAACAAGAAAAAAUGAAAUAUACUAGAAUGGAAUCAAAAUAUACCAUUAAUUAUUAUGAACAAUUGAAAUUAUGUACCAGAAGAGGGUUCCAAAGACUUUGGAAUGAUAAACCUUAUACUGCCACUUUAAUCUUUGCUGGUGUUUCUCAAGGUUUGGUUUCAGGUUCUCUUUAUUAUGGAACUCCAAAUACUGUAAGUGGAGCAUUCUCAAGAGGAGGGUCUAUUUUCUUUGGGGUAUUAUAUGUGUCAUUAAUGUCAUUGGCUGAAAUCUCUGCUACUUUUGCUGCCAGACCAAUCUUGAUGAAACAUAAGAAUUAUUCCUUAUAUCAUCCUUCCGCUGAAGCUAUUGGUAAUUAUGCCACUUCAAUUCCAAUCAAUUUUCUCGUUGUUGUCUUUUUCUUAAUUCCUUUAUACUUUCUUUCCAAUCUUAAAAUGGAAGCUGGUGCCUUUUUCAUUGCGUUGUUAUUCAUUUAUUUAUCAUCAUUAACUAUGACAGCUUUAUUCCAAGCCGUGGCUUCUUUAAAUAAAACCGUAUCUUCAGCCAAUGCUUUUGCUGGUACGUUGAUUUUAGCCGUCUUGAUGUAUUCAUCAUUCACUUUACAAAGACCUUCCAUGCAUGAUUAUUUCAAAUGGAUUUCAUAUAUUAAUCCAAUUUUAUAUGCUUUCGAAGCUUUUAUUUCAUCUGAAUUCCAUGGUAGAAAAAUGGAAUGUGAUGGUAGUUAUUUGACUCCAGGUGGACCAGGAUAUGAGAAUUUAGCCAACGGAACUCAAGUAUGUGCCUUCAAAGGAUCAGUUUUAGGUCAAACAUGGGUUUCUGGUGAUGAAUAUUUAAAGAUUGCUUUUACUUAUUCAUUCUCUCAUGUUUGGAGAAAUCUUGGUAUUGUGAUUGGAUUUUUAAUCUUUUUCAUUUUUAUUAAUGCUUUAGGAACAGAAUAUAUUAGACCUAUUAGUGGUGGAGGUGAUAGAUUAUUAUAUCUUAGAGGUAAAGUACCUGAACAACAAUUAUUAGAUUCCAAUGAUGAUUUAGAAAAUAAUUUAUCUGAUGAUACUAAAAAUAAUGAAAAAUCAAAUAAUUUCGGUACUGAUGAAGAUUUGAAAUCAAAGGAUAUCUUUGUUUGGAAGGAUGUUACUUAUGUCAUUCCUUAUGAUGGUCAACAACGUACUUUAUUAGAUAAUGUUUCCGGUUAUACUGAAGCUGGUACUAUCAUUGCUCUUAUGGGUGAAUCUGGUGCCGGUAAAACUACCCUUUUAAAUACUUUAGCUCAAAGAAUUGAUAUGGGGGUUAUUACUGGUGAUAUGUUGGUUAAUGGUAAACCAUUAGAUACUUCUUUCAGUCGUCGUACCGGUUAUGUUCAACAACAAGAUAUUCAUGUUUCUCAAACUACUGUUCGUGAAUCUUUACAAUUUGCUGCCAGAUUAAGAAGAUCAAAUGAUGUAAGUGAUGAAGAAAAAUUAGCUUAUGUUGAAAAAAUCAUUAAAGUGUUAGAUAUGGAAGAAUAUUCUAAUGCUGUGGUAGGUGAAAGUGGUUCCGGUUUAAAUGUUGAACAACGUAAAAAAUUAUCCAUUGGGGUUGAAUUAGUUGCUAAACCUUCAUUAUUAUUAUUCUUGGAUGAACCCACUUCUGGUUUAGAUUCUCAAUCUGCUUGGGCCAUUGUUCAAUUAUUAAGAUCUAUUGCUGAUGCAGGUCAAUCUAUCGUUUGUACAAUCCAUCAACCUUCAGCUACUUUAUUUGAACAAUUUGAUCGUUUAUUAUUAUUAAGAAAGGGAGGUCAAACUGUUUAUUUUGGUGAUAUUGGUAAUCAUUCAACAACAGUAUUGGAUUAUUUUGAAAGAAAUGGAGCUAGACAUUGUGAAGAUGGUGAAAAUCCAGCCGAAUAUAUCUUAGAAGCUAUUGGAGCUGGUGCUACUGCUUCUACCAGUUAUGACUGGUUUGAUAUUUGGACUAAUUCUGAAGAAAAGAAAGUCACUGAUAAAAGAAGAGACGAAUUAAUUAUUGAAUCGGCUGCCAAUGCUAAUAAUGAACAUUAUUCAGCUCAAGAAUUAAAAUCAAUGCACUCAAAAUAUGCUACUCCAUUCUUUUAUCAAUUCUAUUAUGUCUUAAAGAGAACUCACAUUAUUUUCUGGAGAGAUCCUGCUUAUUUCGCAGCCAAAUUAGCUUUAGUUACCAUGUGUGGUUUAUUUAUUGGAUUUUCAUUCUUUGGACUUAAACAUUCUUUAACUGGUGCUCAAAAUGGUAUGUUCGUUUCAUUCUUAGCUGUGGUUGUUUCUGCUCCAAUCAUUAAUCAAGUUCAAGAUAAAGCCAUUAAAGGUCGUGAUUUAUUCGAAGGUAGAGAAAAAUUAUCAAAUACUUAUACUUGGUCAUUAAUGAUUAUAACUCAAGUUAUUUUAGAAAUUCCUUAUUUAAUCUUUGGUGCUACCAUUAUGUUCGUAGCACUUUAUUUCCCAACUCAAGCUGAUACAAGUGGACCUCAUGCUGGUAUAUUUUAUUUAUCUCAAGGUAUUUUCUUACAAACUUUCAUUGUUACAUUCGCCUUAUUAAUUCUUUAUGUUGCUCCUGAUUUAGAAACUGCUGCUGUAAUUGUUUCAUUCUUAUAUACUUUUAUCGUGGCAUUUUCAGGGGUGGUUCAACCAGUAAGUCUUAUGCCAGGAUUUUGGACUUUUAUGCAUAAAGCAAGUCCAUAUACUUAUUUCAUUCAGAAUUUAGUGAGUUCCAUCUUACAUGCUUUUUUCAACCCUCCACCAAAUCAAACUUGUGGUCAAUAUAUGUCUGAUUUCAUAACUAAUAGAGGAGGUUAUUUAACUAAUCCAAGUGCUACCAGUCAAUGUGGAUAUUGUCAAUUUGAUAAUGCUGAUGAUUACUUAUGGGUUAAUCUCGGUAUUAAAUACGCUUAUAGAUGGAGAAAUGUGGGAUUUUUCUGUGUUUACUUUAUUUUCAAUGUUUCCUUAGUUUUAUUCUUAUAUUACUUUUUCAGAUAUAGAAAAUUUUCUCUUACUGGUUUAUUUAAGAGAAAGUGAAUAGAUGAAUAAGUGAACAAACUCUUUAUUUAUGUUUGAUUUCUUUUUAUAUCGUGAGAGAUUCGUUUCUUUUAAUUUAAUAUCUUAAUAUCUUGUACAUAUGGCUAUUAAAGACCAAUUCUUAAUUUUAAUAAUAUACAAUAUAAUAUUUAAUAAUCUACAAGUUGUAAGUCUUUUUCACAAAGCAUAAUAUAUGAUUAGAUAUAUUUAGAACUAUAAAUAAAGUAAA